CCAGAGUGGAGGCCGUACACAGCAGAGCCUCUGGCACUGUGCCAGACAGCACUGCCAGAGCUAGAGUGAACAGGGAGAGAGAGGGGGUGAGAGGAGUGGACUGAGAGAGUUUGAGCAGGGGAGGAGAAAGAGUGAGAGGGGUAAGGGGAGAGAAGGAGAUGGAGAGUGAGUUUGUAUAUUUAGAGGAAACAUGAGCAUCGGGAACCAACCUUGCUCUGUGGAGAUUUGAGAAUUGCUCUUAUCUUUAGGUGUGAGAAUUCCUUUUUUUCUUUUACAUAAGACAGAGAGUUUUGAGAGGGCGUGGCAAAUUUUCAGUUUUAUACAUCUGUAUCGGAGAACGAUUGCUAUUUUGUUUUCAUAGUGAUCUCAUGAUUGAUUCGCAAUUGGUGCUUUGGAGAAGGACAGAGCUCAAAUCUGUGAUCUUUCCAAACAUAGCUGCUGUUUGCUUUCUGGACUGUGCGGCUUGACUCUCACUCUCUCUCUCUCACACACACACACACACACACACCUGUUGGUGAGGAUCCCCUGUGAGUGCAGCCAUGGGUGUAUGCACAGUUGUUGCCUGAGUGGAUCAGAGGAUCUGUGUGUCUGAACAGCAGCUUUCUGGACACCUCAGUGGAUGGUACUGUAAAGGCACGACCUGCCCAUCCUGUCCUGUCCCAUCCUCAUUCGGGUAGAGUCUGAAGAAAUGUCAUCCUUCUACCCACGCACCAAGGAACUGUCUCGCACUAGGAAGUCACUGUCCGAAUCUCCACCCUCCUCUCCGUCACCCACCGCCAAGAACUUCAGACAUGACAGGAUAUCAAGGUUGGACUCCAGUGGGGCAGACAGCAGCUCAGACCGACCGCUGGGCCGCACCAGCUCCUACACACGCAGGGAGACCAGGCUGGCAGCUCUCAACAAGCAGGAGGAUGACACCAGUCCCAGAGACUACAAGAAGAUGUACGAGGAGGCUUUGACAGAGAAUGAGAAGCUCAAGUCCAGGCUGGACGACAGUAAACAGGAGCUGGCCAAGAUCAGAACACAGCUGGAGAAAGUCACCCAGAAACAGGACAGGAUAUCUGAAAGAUCCAGUGUACUAGAAUCAGAAAAAAGGGAAAAACAGGUUCUUGAGAAGAGAGUGACAGACAUGGAGGACGAGUUGAAGGUCCUGACAGAGCUGAAAUCUGACAACCAGAGACUGAAGGAUGAGAACGGGGCUCUGAUCCGAGUCAUCAGCAAACUGUCCAAGUGAAGAAGAGAAGAGAUCACAUCCAGAAGCUCACUCACCGCCUUGACAUGUCACAUUCAUGUUCACAGUGUUACCCAGUGCUGCUCAGGUGUGUCGUGAGGAACCUUGCCCAGGUACAAACCCCAGUUCCUAGCCCCUCUCUUCUUAUGGCAAAGUCAUUCAUUCACCCACCAUGAACUUCAAAGGGUAAUAUGGAACUGGGGAUUAUUCCAUGCAGGGUUUUCAGGCCUCACUCCUAGAGAAGGUAAUGAGUGAAGGGUUCUGUUAUUUUAUCAUGGGGUACAUAGAUCAGUACUUAGAUCAGUGUUUAUCAUGCCAACAUCCCCUGGCUUCACAUGUAUUAGUUUCUCUAUUGUGCACUGCAAAUGCUUCUUCCUGUGGUAUUUUUGUCAACAAUGGAGUAGGGACAUAUAACUACUGAUCAGUAUUAUGUUUAUAAAUAUAUAAUCGUAAAAAUAUUUGCUGAAAUUCCAUGACAGUAUUAUUACAGUUUGAUCUAACUAGUAUUAUACCUCCCUACAUUGUCAAAUAGGCACAUGAAUUGGAAUGACACAAACAUAAAAUACCUGAUCAUUGGCAUGUUAGUGAUCACAGGUGUUGUUGAAUGAUUAGAAUGUAACUAAGUUCAGCCCAAUGCUACAAUGUCCUUUUAUAGACACUGCUUGUCUAAGCUGCUCACCAGCUUUUUCCAGAUUUAAGUGUGGUCGCCAGCGUAAGAAUAUAAAAUCUCACACUUGUUGGAUAUGUUUUGGAAUAUUUUUGUAUUUAUUUGUGCAUUUUGCUUAUAAUCUUUCUACAUCCUUAGUCAGGUAAAAUGUAUUUUUACUUGUAAUACUCUUAUAUGUUUUUUUCAAUAGUGGCUUUGGAAACCAAAUAGAGCUGCAUGUGAUUAUACGAAUGCUGUCUUUUAUCAUUGCCAGUAAAACAGGUCUGAUGGCCCGGGGACCAACUCUCUAGGCCCAUCUGUAUGUACAAUAUAUUACACAUGCCUUCCUCAAGGACCAAUACAGCUAUCUCUUUACAUGAUGUUGUAAAUAAUAAGGAAAGAUGCAGCUUUGUGUCUAUAUCAAAGCAACUACAGUGGACAAUGUAUUUUAAGAGAGCGAAAAGCUGAGAUGGUAUUGCUGUUGUUUGAUCACAUGCUUGAUAAACUAUAUCGGUGGAAAAUGG